AGAAUACUGGUAAACAGAUGAUAAUAUAGGUGAAGAUUUUUUGCUAUAAGACCCGGUUUAUACAGCAAAACAAAGUUUAGUUUUGACGCUGUAUCAAUUUAAGAUGAUUUCUUAGUCAAAAUUGUACCGCGUGACCUCAUUUGACACUCUAAGCCAUCGUCGAACACAAAUACGAAAUUGCACCUUUAAUGUAACAGAAGUUAUCUACAUUCGGUAAUGUAAAAAAAGUUGUAUAAGCAUAGGCGCAAAUAUUUCCCUCUUAUUUAUUAAUCUUGUCAGCAUUUUUAUUUCGUUAUGUUUAUUUUAAAGCAUGUAUACAUACCUUGUUUUGAAACUGCAGUUUUUCGUUUAGUUUAAAUAGAAAUACCAAAAAUUUAUUGAAAAAUUAACACGGCUUAGGAUGAAGCUAGCCGCAUUUCGCUAAAAAUAAACACCGGUCGAAGUAAAAUCUAGGAUCGUUUCGUAUUAUGUAAUAGAAAAAUAAUAAAUAAUGGAAGUAGGAACUUGGAAAAAAAUUGCCGAUUUGGGGUCAGGAGCUUUUGGUAUCGUAUCAUUAUGGUUAGAUACGACGAAAGAAGAUUACGCUGCUAUAAAAAUGUGCAAAUUUAAAACGAAAUCUAACUUAACACCAAGACAAAUUGAGCGAUGGAGAAACGAAGUAGAUAUUUUGAGAAUUAUCAACCAUCCGAAUAUAAUUAAAUUCAAGAAAAUUCCUCAAGAAUUACAAGAUUAUUUGAUGCAAUAUUGUUGUAGUGACAUGCCUUUACUGCCAAUGGAGUAUUGUCGGAAAGGAAAUUUACGUCGUAUUUUACUAAAACCCGAAAAUUUAUCUGGAUUACCAGAAGAACAAGUUCGAGAUAUUCUUGAAGAUAUAUCCAGUGGUCUCCAGCAUCUACAUAAUCUCAAGAUCACACAUCGAGAUAUUAAACCAGAAAAUAUUGUUUUAGAACAUUCGGAACAAAGGGAAACAAAAACAGUUUAUAAAAUUAUAGAUCUUGGUUACGCGAAAGAAUUAGGAAACGAAACAGUAAGUUUUGUUGGAACUUUACAUUAUUUAGCACCCGAGAUUUUCGAAGGUAGAAAUUAUAAUAAUAGUGUGGAUUAUUGGUCAAUGGGUAUUCUUACAUUCGAAGUGAUAUGCGGUGUAUUACCAUUUUUACCUCAUAUGACACCUUUCGAAAGAUUUAUUAAAAUUAAACAAAAAAGUCCUGAAGACAUAUGUAUUUAUAACAGUUAUUCAGGUCAAGUAACUUAUUCCUCUGAAAUGAAAAAGGAAAAUUUCAUUUCUACAUGUUUGAAACAACAUAUAGAAAUUUGGCUUAAACGAGUUCUUACUUAUGAUCAAGAAAUUCGAUCUCAAAACUUUCCUAACGACACUAAACCGUUUGAUAACCUACAGGAAAUUCUAAAGAAAAAAAUAAUCAACGUAUUUUCGGUAUCAAAACUAGAGUAUUAUUCAUAUGAAAUAACCGAAAGUACUUUAGUAGGCACCCUUAAAGAUUGGAUAUCGAGAGAUAUUAAAAUCCCUACGACUGAAUUUUUAUUAAUAAUAUCCGAAAAUUCUAAUACUAAAGAUUCAGAUCAAUUAUUCAAUUUUGUAAAUAAUAAUUUUAUUUAUGUAACACGCAAGUAUUUUCUUCCUGAAAAGGUGAUUUAUAACUAUCCUAAAUUGAUAAAAGAAGUAAUGAAAUCAGCAGCGCAAUUCAAUAAAAUACAUUUAAAAGCUUUGAGGGUACAAUUUAUAUUCUUCGUAACCCAGGAAAAGCAAAUAGCAUCCCAUUUCAAUGCGAGCUUUCCUUUGUACCUCAAUUUUUUAAAUCAAACUCUAACCAAAGUUAAGAAUUUGAAAAAUGGUGCUUUAUCUAAUAUAAAACAUUUAGUAACGAAAAUCGAUUGUUACAAUAAAAUUAAAACUAAUAUCGAUAAUAUAAAUCUACGAAAUAAUGAGGAAUAUAAAAACAGUAUAAAUUGCGCUCUAAGACUGAUAAGUGCCAUAGAACGAAGUAUAAAUAAAUACAUUGAGUUAAAUAAAAAAAUAAAAUUUGUGUGUAAAAAAUUAGAAAUUUUAUCAAAAAUAACACCGGAAAUUAUAGAAAUAGUUAGGAGUUAUGAUUUGGAUGCACUACAUUCACAAGCUUUAAGUUUAAUCGAAAAAACUGAUACUAAUAAAUCAGUAUUUAUUUCUGGUAUUACAAAAUCAAUAUCGGCUGUUCUUAAAGUGAAAACUGAUGUUUUCAAAAAUGAGAAGUUGAAAUCGUUUUGCAAUCUGAUUGGUAAAAUUAUGAUCUAUAGUUUUAAUCUAGUAGAGUGGAUUCAGAAUUACAACCGACAUAAUGAAGAAUUACUUAAAUGUUUCGAACAAAACAAGACUGAUCAUUUGCAAAUUCUUUUCGAAGCUGCACGAAAACCUAAAGAAAGUGAUGAAAGUGUUUGUGAUAAAGUUUCAUUAAGUGACAGUUUGAAUCAAGAGUUGAUAAGUUUGCCAUUGGAGUAUUUGUUCAAACAGAAUCAAGAACUAAGGUAUAAUUUUGAAAAUGCGUUGUCUUCAGGUAUAUCUUUACAUAAAAAAUAUACAAACGAUUGUUUGAGAUUAUUGUAAUAAUUAUGGUGAUUUUCUGUGAUUUCAUUCGAACUUUGCAGAAUUAAAUAAUAUAAAAAGGAAGAUUUGUUACAAAUAUUUGUUUAUAAUAUUAAAUGAGAGGCAUAAUUAAUUUGUUAUAAACUUAACAGCAAAAAAACCGGUCAUUUAGAUUUCGUCUUAUAAUUUUGUUAAAUGUAUUAAUCUUGUAAGAAUUGGUUAAUUUAUAGGUUAUUGAAAAAAAAUCUGUCAAAAGUCAAUACAGAAACGGCUUGGUUAAUAAAUUAAAGAUGUUUAAAUGUGGGAAAAACUACUUACAGUUUAAAAUAGGUCCGACAGGUAAAUCAACUUUAAGGCAAAUAGAUCAAAUCUCAGUUUUAUCUAAUUGUUUACUAAUCCUGAAGGGAUUAGUUAGGUUAGGUUAGGUUAUAGAUUUAAACCGUACAUUCUAGGUAAUAACUAGAAUGCCCACAAAAACAAAUACAUUGCUGAAAAUUAGCUUCUAAUAAGAAAAAUAUGAAGUGCCCGUUUUUUUGCUGUAUAUAUUGUUAAUAUUAUCAUGUUAUGGUAUGAAUAUAAAAAUAAUUUAAUAGCAAUGUUGUCUAAAAAGUUUUGUACUUAAUAAACAAACAAAAGAAA